AUGAACCCCAACGUCGCCCACCCCGCCUUGCUCCAAAAGGUACGCUUCCCGAACGCCGCCUGUCGAGCGGGCGUCGUGGGCAGUCCGGUCGGUCGUGUGUGUGUGUGUGUGUCGUGAAUUCGCAGCUGACGUCGAUCGAUGCUCCGCUUGCGCUCCGCUUCCCGGCGUCUGCCCCCUACAGUACAUGAACUUGCCCCAAGGCGACAAGAUCCAAGCUGGUAAGUCCACCUCACCAAGGAGGCUUCUGUCGUCACGACAGGGUGCCUGUUUCGAAGUGUAGCCGUCGAAAUGGGUGCUGAUUGUGACCCUGUCCGCCUUAUCGCCCAACGUCCCGCUCGUUUCACCGCUUGCUCCCACCGCUCCUCUCUCCGCUGCGCCGCCGGCUCUCUUGCACCCUUCACAGAAUACAUCUGGGUCGAUGCUGACGGAGGACUGCGAUGCAAGACGACCGUGAGUGUGCCCUCCCUUCGUUUUGUCUGCGGUACUGGGUCGUCGUCGUGUGUGCUCUUUUUGGCUGUGCUGGUCCCGACGGGCGGGGAGGCGUUAUCAUCCUGCUCCGUUCGGGAUCAGUAGCCGUCUUCGCCCGCGCCUGAGCGCACCGCGUUCCGUCUCGCGCUGCCGCCGGUGCCGCCUUGAGCCGCUCGGGCAGUGAGCCGCGCCUGGCUGGGGCUUUGCAGUGAUCGCCCGCGCGUUCGGUCACCCGUUUGUCAUAGCUCAUGAUGGCCCAGCCGACCCUGCGAGCGUCGAUAAUCCCUCAGCGUCACCCCGAGUUCUGAGCUGUCCACGGCUUCACGAACCCGAGCUGUUCGGGCCGACUGGGACCGACUUUGGGGUCGUCAUUUCCCCGCUUCUGUCUGUGGGCUGGCCUGGUCUGUGGCUGCUGAUGGGAUGUGAUGGCCGCCGCGGCGGGGAGGAGUGGCGUUUGGUGAUUGCUUAUCGGGAUCUUCGGAAACGGGAGUGUCCUGUUUCAGUCAUGACCCGGUUGGCCGCGGCUGCCCGUGGCCGUUCUCACCUUCGGGCGCGCGAGUACACCGCCGGGCUGUGGGGCAAGGCAGGGAGGGCCAUUGUAGCAUCGGGUUGCGCUGGCUGGGCUGGGCUGGGGCUGGGGCUGGGGCUGGGGCUGGGGCUGGGGCUGUACGACGUUUGUACUGGCUUCGGCGUUCGGAACGUCUCAUUUUGGCCCGUCCCGCGGCCUCGCGCGCUGCAGCACUCUCGGAUCCCCGCAGGCUGUUGGCUAGACUGCUGCAGUGGUUCCCGCAGUCGACGGUGGCGACGGACGACGGCGACACCCACGGCUUCUCGGACCUGGGUCCUCCCCACGCUCUCGAUUCUGCGAUGGAAGACUUUCUUUAACUGACCCGCGCUCGCGCUUCUCCGCUUGCUCGCCCGCUCCUUGUGUCGCCUUCUUUAGACCCUCGAUGGCCCCGUCCAGUCGAUUGAUGAGUUGAAGGAGUGGAACUUCGACGGCUCGUCGACCGGUCAAGCCGAGGGCCACAACUCGGACGUCUUCCUCCGACCCGCUGCGAUCUUCAAGGACCCGUUCCGUGGCGGCAACAACAUCCUCGUUAUCGCCGAGACCUGUGAGUGUCAUCAUCCUAUAGGAGUCGGGGCGCGAGAUCGCCCGAUCUCGUCGGCGAAAUCACGGACCGCGGAUUGCCGAAUCCGAGGCGCGGCCACGCGCAGUGCCGUUCGGCGGGCUGCCUUGGAGUGUCGAUGACGCGGUCACGCGACAUGCUUCUGCGCGGGCUGCGCCUGUUGCAGCGGUGGCGGUGCAUCGUGACGGUGGUGUACAACGACUUGUGACUCUGAUCCAGACUAGAGCGGCACCACGCGAUGUGGUCACCGUGGAUGGGAGUCGGCGAUGCUUCCCCGCACUGGACAUGUUCUUUCUGCUGCGCCGUGUCGUCGAACCGACUUGCUGAUUUGCCCCGCUCUCGUCUCCGACCAGUCAACAACGAUGGUACUCCCAAUAAGCACAACCACCGCUACAACUGCUCCAAGACCAUGGCCGCCGCUGCCGCUCAUGAGCCCUGGUUCGGUCUCGAGCAAGAGUACACCAUCUUCGGUACCGACGGUCGCCCCUACGGAUGGCCCGCUGGAGGUUUCCCCGGUCCUCAGGGCCCUUACUACUGCGGUGUCGGUGCCGGCAAGGUCUACGCCCGUGACAUGGUCGAGGCCCACUACCGCGCGUGCCUGUACGCCGGUGUCAACAUCUCCGGUAUCAACGCCGAGGUCAUGCCCUCGCAGUGGGAGUUCCAGGUCGGCCCGUGCCCCGGCAAGGACAUGGGUGACCAUCUCUGGAUGGCCCGCUUCCUCUUGAUGCGAAUCGCCGAAGAAUGGGGUAUCACCGUCUCCCUCCACCCCAAGCCCCUCGCCGGUGACUGGAAUGGAGCCGGUUGCCACACCAACGUCUCGACCAAGGCCACUCGUGCUGAAGGCGGCCUCAAGGUCAUCGAGGAGAUGUGCGACAAGCUCUCGAAACGCCACGCCGAGCACAUCGCCGUCUAUGGUGCCGACAACGACCUCCGUCUCUCCGGUCGCCACGAGACCGCUCACAUCGGCUCCUUCUCGUACGGUGUCGCGAAUCGUGGCUCGUCGAUCCGAAUUCCCCGCGCCGUCGCACAGGAGGGCAAGGGCUACUUCGAGGACCGCCGCCCGGCUUCCAACAUCGACCCUUACCAGGUCUGCGACAUCAUGAUCCAGACCAUCUGCCUCUCGUAA